AUUCCAGAGCAAUCUAUCUCAUACGUUAACUGUCAUUUCCUUUCUCCCCAAGGGCAGUCCUCAUCAGACCAUGUCCCUUCCAGAUUGUGUCUGCUCUGAUGGUUCAAUCUGAGCCAUGGAAAUGGGAAACCACAGCUGGGGGACAGACUUCAUCUUGGUGGGUCUUUUCCAGUACGGCCAGAUGGACGCUCUCCUCUUCACAGUCAUCACCAUCCUCUUUGCAGUAGCUCUGAUAGGCAACAUCACACUGGUCCUCCUCAUCAGGCUGGACCGAAGACUCCACACCCCCAUGUACUUCCUCCUCAGCCAGCUCUCCAUCAUCGACAUAAUGUACAUCUCCACCACUCUGCUGCUGGGCUUCAUGUCCUAUGACAGGUACAUAGCCAUCUGCCAGCCCCUGCACUAUCCUGUGCUCAUGAGCAGGAAGAUCUGCUGUUCCAUGGUGUCCUGUGCCUGGAGCAGCAGCUCCAUCAAUGCUUUAGUGCACACGCUGUAUGCAUUUCAACUUCCAUUCUGUGGAUCUCGAAUUGUGAACCACUUCUUCUGUGAGGUCCCAUCUCUCCUGCCAUUGGUGUGUGAAGACACAUCCCAAUAUGAGCACACAAUUUUAAUGAGUGGCCUUGUCAUUCUGAUGCUCCCCUUCCUGGCCAUUCUAGCUUCCUAUGCUUGCGUGUUGGUUGUUGUAUUCCAGAUGCACUCAGGGAAAGGGCAGAGUAGAGCCCUGUCCACCUGCUCCUCCCAUCUGACUGUGGCCAGCAUGUUCUAUGUUACCACUCUCUCCACCUACACCCAGCCACAUUCCCUGCAUUCUCCUUCAAGGGACAAGGUGCUGGCUGUGCUUUACUCAGUUGUCACUCCUGUUCUCAACCCCUUUAUCUACAGCCUGCGUAACAAUUAA